CUCUCUCUCUCUCUCGCGCACGAACUCAGAACUCUUCUGCUCUCGAUCGAUAGGAUCCGUUUCAUCGUCAGAAUUUGGAAACGAUGAAACGGGACAUAGAGAAUGCAGAAAACCAUCAUUUUUUGGGAAGCAUUUCAACCCAGUCGAUCCGUAACCUUUUUCCUAGAUCCGCCUCUCACAAACUGAAGAUGAAGUCCAGCCUUUCGAUAUCAAAAUUCGGAGGAGAAAACACUCCACCGCCAGAUCCAAAUGUCCAACACAUCAUUACUGGCCCUACCUCUCCUGUGGUUGCCAAAAAACCACUGUCAAAAUCAGUGGUUUUCCAGAAAGAGAGCUCCCGAUCUGGAGGUCAAGAAGAAGAGAUAGUUCCCUCUGAUCCAUCAGUCAAGGUUGUAGUGAGGAUCAGGGCAGAUACUGGGCAAGAAAAGCAGGAAACUUCAACUAUUCGGAGGGUUUCUUCCAAGUCACUAUCAGUUGGAGACCGGUUGUUUAGCUUUGAUGCUGUUGUUGAUUCAAGUUCUUCUCAGGAAGAAUUUUUUAAGUUAGUAGGCGUGCCCCUAGUGAAAAACUCAUUGGCAGGUUUCAACACUUCUAUUUUGUCAUAUGGUCAGACGGCAAGUGGGAAGACAUACACCAUGUGGGGUCCACCGAGUGCCAUGGUUGAAGGCCAUUCCUCUUCUAGUCACCAAGGCAUUGUCCCUCGAGUUUUUCAGAUGCUGUUCUCUGAAAUACAUAGAGAGCAAGAGAAUUCAGAGAAGCAGAUAAAUUACCAAUGUCGUUGUUCUUUUUUGGAGAUAUACAACGAUCAAAUCGGUGAUUUACUAGAUCCAACACAGCGGAACCUUGCGAUAAGGGAUGAUGCCAAGAAUGGAUUCUAUGUUGAGAAUCUAACUGAGGAAUAUGUGACUAGCUAUAAGGAUAUAACACAAAUACUGAUUAAGGGACUUUCAAACAGAAAGGUUGGUGCAACGAGUAUAAAUUCGAAGGGCUCUCGAUCUCAUAUUGUUUUCACUUGUGUCAUUGAAUCCUGGAGUAAGGGUACCUCAUCAAAAUGCUUUGGUAGCUCAAAGACAAGCAGAAUCAGCCUCAUUGAUCUUGCUGGAUCAGAAAGAAAUAAACUUGAUGAUGCUGGUAGACAGUAUGUAAAGGAAGGAAAACAUGUAAAGAAGUCUCUGUCACACCUUGGGAAAUUGGUGAAUAUUCUGGCAGAAGGUGCUCAGUCAGGAGAAUCUAAAAAUAUUCCAUACAGAAAUUCCUGUUUAACACACUUACUAAGGGAAUCCCUUGGUGGCAAUACCAAACUCACGGUUAUUUGUUCCAUUUCCCCAGAUGACAGAUGCAGAGUUGAAACCCUGAGCACAUUAAGAUUUGGACAGCGAGCAAAAGCCAUUCAGAAUAUGCCAGUGAUAAAUGAAAUAACAGAGGAUGAUGUUAAUGGUCUGAGUGAUCAGAUACGUCAAUUGAAGGAAGAACUUAUAAAAGCAAAGUCAGAUGUACACUGCUCAAUUGGGACAAAGAGUGGAUACUAUAAGGGACAAAAUGCACGUGAUAGUUUGAACCAAUUGAGGUUAAGUCUUAAUCGUUCUUUGAUCUUACCCCGCAUAGAUAGCGAUAUUGAGGAUGAUAUAAAUGUUGAUGAAGAAGAUGUAAGGGAACUAAGAGACCAGCUGGACAAUGUGCAUAGUUCCUGCAAGAACAAUUCAAGAGAGCCACCUGACGACAAAGAUUGCAUCCAGUUCUCUACCUUGGAACAAAGUUCUGAGCCUGACAUUGAACUUGAUACUGGUGCACUGCUAGAAGAAAGUAACAUUGAAGAACCCCAUUUGAGAAAGUUUGAGAGGGAACUACCUUCUACUGAAAAUGAUGGGCAUGUGGAGAACCUUCUUGCUUGCCCGGACACUGCUACUACCACUAACUCUGCAAUCAGAAGCAGUCUUUCAAUCAGACCAGGCCGACAAUCUCCAGUCCUCGAAGGCCCAACCUUGUCUGAGUCACCUAAAAUUGCAGACACCCUAAAGAAAAGCAUACCCACCUCAUCAAACCUUUUUGCCAGUCAGAAUUGUGGGUCAGAGAACCCGAAGUUCGAUCAAGAGGUCCAAAGACAGUCACUUAAAGUAGGUGAUCAUAGGCACUCCUCUUUACGGUCAAGUAAGAUAUUUGCAGGUCCCACAGAGUCCUUGGCUGCCAGUCUUCAGAGGGGGUUGCAGAUUAUUGACUAUCAUCAGAGAAGCUCAGCAUCAAAUAAAUCUUCAGUUGCCUUAUCCUUUGAACAUUUGACACUGAAGCCAUUUCAGGCAGUAGAAAAAGAUGAUGCUGGAAUUCAAACAGAGCCAGAAGUGCAAAAACUGGACACACAAAAAUCUGCUUCUUUCCUUUGUACAUCUUGCAAAAGAAUGGGAUUCAGUGGCUCAAAUCAAGUCCAGGAUAGCUUCAACACGUGGAUUGUGCCAUUCAAUGGAGCAGUGAUUCCUGAGGGGCCUAAGGAUGCUGAAAAGCUUUUGGAAGAAGCCAGAAAGAGGGAGAAGGAUCUUGAAAGUCUUUGUGCAGAACAAGCAGCUAAAAUUGACCAACUAAAUUGUCUGGUUGAGCAAUCCAGGUAUGAGAGAGAAAAUAAUUCCAUCGUGCAACAAAAUCAGGAGAUUGAAACUUGUCAGAUUAAGGCCUUAACAAAUGAAAUUGUACCAAGUGAGGAACUUAAAACUGGUUACUCAUCAUUAGAGGAUAAAAACAAGCUCCUGGAAGAGUUGGAUCCUGAGUACAGAAAUACAUUCUCUAACACUAGUGAGAGGGAAGUACUUCUGAAGCAAAUUCAAAGUUUACGAAGCAAGUUGCAGUUAUAUAUGGAUGCAGCUGCUUCUAUUGAGUCCACUGAAAAACAGAAUAGCUUUCACUCGUUGUCAAGAUCAAUCCAUUUGAGUAGAAGUGUAGAUACUCAAGAUAAGAGUGAGGAAGAUAUUGAGAAGGAAAGACAAAGGUGGACAGAAAUGGAAAGUGAGUGGAUUUCAUUAACUGAUGAAUUGAGAAUCGACCUGCAAGCAAACCGUCAGCAUGCAGAGAAGGUGGAGGCAGAGUUGAGAAUGGAGAAGAACUGCACACAGGAGUUGGAUGAUGCCCUAAACAGGGCUGUCCUUGGCCAUGCUAGAAUUAUUGAACAUUAUGCAGAACUACAAGAGAAGUAUAAUGACUUGCUUGAAAAACAUAAGAGAAUCAUGGAAGGAAUUGCAGAGGUGAAGAGGGCAGCUGCAAAGGCAGGAGGCAAGGGUAAUUCACGCUUUGUCAAAUCCCUUGCUGCAGAGCUCUCAGCCUUGAGAGUAGAGAGGGAAAGAGAGAGGGAACAAUUGAAGAAAGAGAACAAAAGUCUUAGAAUUCAACUUAGAGACACUGCAGAAGCGGUUCAUGCAGCUGGAGAACUCCUUGUGAGGCUGAGGGAGGCAGAAGAAGCUGCAUCAAUUGCAGAAGAGAACUCCACAACAGCUCAGCAAGAGAUUGAGAAGUUGAAGAAACAAAUGGAGAAACUGAAGAGAAAGCACAAGAUGGAAAUGGUCACAAUGAAACAGUAUCUUGCAGAGAGCCGGCUGCCGGAAUCUGCAUUGAGACCAUUAUACCAUCAGGAUUCUGAUGUAGCAGAUCACUGCUCCACAACAGCAUUUCUCAAUGAUGAUCAAGCAUGGAGAGCCGAAUUUGGACCGAUAUAUCAGGAUUGCAGGGACUUACAGUAGUAGAGUUAACAAGCACAACAGACCA